AUGUCGUCACCACCGCCCUCCAACCCUCUCAAACGACCAUCGAUCUCCUCCUCCGCCUCACAACCACUCGGCAAAAAGCCGCGCAUGCACCCACUGCGCCAAACCUCCUUUCCUGCACAUGUGGACGCUGGCGAGCGCAGCUUCGGGGCAACCAGUGAUGCCGGAAGCGUGACAGGGAGCUUCACAGGGAGUCUCGGUGGAGCGAGCGCGGAUGGAGUCUUUUCUGGUGCAGCAAAGGGCAAGAAGCGAGGGAGAAAAAGCAAAGCUGAGAAAGAGCGUGAGCGGGAGCGCGAAGAUGUCCUCAGCGCUAGGGCAGGAGAUUCCACGCGAUUCGGGUCGGUUGAUAACGAGGGCUCCGUUCGAGGUGGACCUUCUGGCGGCGGCGGAGGUGGUGGCGGCGGUGCAGAUGAUGGAGAUGAUGAUGAGGACGACGACGAGGGGGAGCUACUUGGGCGGGAAGAGGGUACUACGGAUACCGAGGCUGAGAAGAAGAAUCUUGCGAUCCUGGUUGAUGCUUUCAAUCCUAUGCAAUCAGAGAGAUACGACCUCUUCAAGCGAGCGAAAUUGCGCAAAGAAACACUCCGCCGUAUCGUCAACCAUGCUCUAUCACAAUCCGUCCCAGCCAGCGUGGUCACCACGGUCAACGGUUUCACCAAGGUCUUUGCCGGUGAAAUGAUCGAAAUGGCACGGACAGUGCAAGCCCAAUGGGCUGUCGCGCACGAUCUAGCCGCACGCGAUGCAUUCGAGGCUGAAGAAGCCGCAGCCGAAGCCGCAGCGCAGGCAAGAGCUUCAGGUCUAACCACAAAUUCGAAACCCUCAACACCAACCCCUGGAGGCACCCCAGUCCCCGGCUCUGCCAGUAAUGUCAAGAAAGAACCCCAUGACUCUGACCGCACGCCUGCAUCCUCUAUUCCCCCUCACCACAACUCUGCACCCUCUUCUCAUCCCACUACUCCUCUCCGUCCCAAACGUGAAUUCCGCCCCCCUCCAAACCCACACCGUGGUCAGCUUCUACCCUCACAUCUGCGCGAAGCCGUACGGCGCGUCAAGCGUGAUGGCGAAGGUGGUGGUGUCGGUUACUCGGGAUUGAGUAUGGAGAAUCUGGGAGUCCGAGGUGCAUUCACAUGGAACUCAGGAAGUGCUGGUGGAAGACGGCUGUUUCGAUAA